AUGUUGGCUUACUUCAAUGGCCAGGCUUCCCUGUGUCUGUUUUUCGGUCAUCUUACCAGGGAGGGAGCCUAUGUGGUUCCCGGGAAUGUGGACACAGCAACCCCGCAGGGCUCCGUGGUGCAGGCGCGAUUUUCACAUCGCGCAACUCUGGACAGUGCGCUAUUGGCGCUAAAUUCCCCAGAGGAUAGCAUCGUGGAAGUGACCCCGCAGGGCACUGUCACUGUGCUGAAGGUCACCCCCACGGAGGUCUCUUCGGGUCUGGUGUUUCAGUUCGACGAAAGCGGCGCCCAGAAUUCGACCAGUCCGGCAGUCACGGUGCAAGUUCCCGCAACCACUGCAGAACAGGCGGCCAAUGGGGUGAAUCUCAUGGUCUCGUUGACUCAAGUGACCCAGGAAGUGUCCAGCGAGAUGCCAUACAAAAAAGACAACGGUGAUUCGGUGCAGUUCAACUCCAAAGUCUUAGAGUUUUCCCUGCUCCAGGAGUCAGGAGGAUUGAUCACAGUGGUCAACCUCCAAAAUGCCACUGAGCCGGUCUACUUCCGAUUUCACGAGUCAGCUCCGGUCGAGGGGGACACCUGUUCCUAUUUCGACUUAGCCACCAACACCUGGUCCGUAGAGGGGGUGACCCUGGUGAAUGGAAGCGACGUGCCCAAUAACGAUCUGCCUGGCACUUGGUGUUCGGCCACGCACUUGUCGAUCUUCGCGGUGGUGCAGAUCAUUCCCUGGCACCUGGGCCAUGAUCCGGAGGCAGGGUCUCUGAAUGCCAACGGAGCAGUCGUUGCUUCUGCUUUGAUGUGCAUCAUGCUUUGCUGCGGCAUCUGCACUGUUUGUGCUGUCUUCCUGCGGCGUAUGAAGCCAGCCUCCGCCGGGCAGACUGAAAUUCGGGACAGCAAGGGAAACAAGCACGUUGUGACCUACGUGCGGACGGAAGUGAUUGAAGAGACGAUCCAUGACGAUGAUGAAGAGGUCGAAGAGCAGAAGAAGAAGGUCUUGGUGAAAUGGGACGUAGAUGUUGCAGCCAUGAUGAGGCGUUUGAAUACCCUCCGUGGGCAUCGCUGGGUCAGCAUGGACUUGGGAGCGAGUCGGGCCAGAGAAUCCCUCACCAUGACCAAGGAGGCGUCCAAGUCCAUCACCAAGCGAAACCUGGCGAAGAGCGAGGCGAGCGGUCAGGUGAGCGAGGGUGAGGAGGGAAGAGUUACCGCAACGCAGACCCAACGCUCCGACGUCUUUGGGCCAAUGGAAAGUAUGGAUCCAGAGGCCGAGGUGGAGCUGUCUCCGACAAACCUCAACGACGUGGUGCUACCGGAGCGCUCCAUGAAGCCACAGGCCAGCAUCGCUGACGCCGACCUGAUCCAGGUGACGGUGGACGAACUGGAGGUUUGGGGUGAAGUCUUUGAGGAAAACGCCCCCGUGUCCUACUGGUCUUGGACGCAUCAAAGAAUGCUACAAGGCUUCAUCCAGGGCAAAGGUUUGUUCCUGGGCGAGGGUCCCGAGAGCCCCGAGAGCGAGGGCGAGAAGACGCGGAUGGCAGAGUUGCCCUAUUACGACGUCCGCGUGGGCGUGCGACGACAGCUGCGACAUGCGGUGCCCAUCACGCACUUGGAGUCGUCGUUGCAAGUCAACGAGUCCGUGCACGUGUGGGUGGAGGAGUUCAGGCAAUGGAAGAUGGGCAUGAUCUCCAACUGCCUCCAUUCCGCGGGGAUGUAUCAAGUGAUGGUCUUCCCUGAUGAAAUGACGGAGGAAAUUGACCCAGGUGUCAACGAGACUCCGCCGCUGAUCAUGGACAACAUCACCCUGGAGAGGAUACGAAAGAGAUAUGCGAAGAAUUCGCCGGUCCGGGUCUAUAGAGGACGUGAGGUGGGAUGGCUACACGGACUUAUCACGGAAGAUGUGGUGCAAGAUUUGAGGCCUCCGGUGGUGAUGUCCCCACGUUUGCUGGCAACGCCACGGAGAAGACUGGAGGACAAAGAUGCCUCCGCCUCCCGGUCGGUGGCAACGGCGGCGCUGAGCUCGGACGAGCCCGGAGAGGAAGCGACGUUGCCGACCCAGAAUGACCAGGAACUUCCUGACACCGUCGUGGAGGUCAAAGUACAAGUUGUGGGACAGGAAGAGGUUGAAGUGAUCCCCAGCUACCUCCUUUGCACGUUGCCAUACCACUUUGGCAUUUGA